AUGAGCUUCCUCGACCGCGGUUCUACAAGAUUGUUAGAAAAGGAAACAGAUGCGUGUAUUUGCAAUGCGAUCACCAUAAAGAGUACGGUAACAACGUCAGUUGGUGUCGGAUCGGCUACGCGAGAAGCACUCGCUCGGCGUGAAAUGGACGUCAUCGACGUGGAUGUGAGUGAAUUCGUAAAAGGUGGUGGUGAUUGUCAAUGCCUUGUUCUUCGGUUGCUAUAA